AUGGGGUCAUCGCCUUCUGAACCAAGCUCUGGGUCUAGGGAGAACUCACCAAGGUCAGGCUCAUAUGGCUCUCUAGCAGUGAGAGAAGGGCGAAAGAGUCUCUCCGGUGAAAUGUGGCGGACGACACGAACUAAGCGUGAGAUUGAGAACAAGAUUUUUAGUAGAUUCAAACCCUCAAAUCCCUGCUCAUGUCAUUGCAGUAUAGUUAAGAAUGAUCAGAACUGGCAUGGCAUUAAGGAUACUAAGACAGGAGAAACUCUAAAGGUCCCAGCUUUAAGCUCAGACUCUCCCUCUAAGCUCUCGGAACCGAAUCACCUAAAACGAUCUAAUGACUACUCACUCAUCCUGUUUGACAAACCGAUUUCCAUAAAGGAAAGGUUGUUAAACAAGAAAGUGAGAUACAAUGAACAAACGAGUCUUUUGGAGCAUUCUGGAGCAUAUGGGACACAAGGAGCAUGGAGGGACUUGGCACAUGGAAGCAGCUCAACUGGAUACGCAAAGGAAGAAGGGAGAAGCCAUCUUGAAGACCAGCUCGACCGUCCACUCGACCAACCGGUCGAGUUCCUCAACUCGACCGGCCAAGCUUCAACUCGAUCGAGCUGGGGAGUCAAAGUCAAACCCGAAAAAUGUUGCUUCCCCCUUGACUUCCCUUUGACCCUAAACCUAAUCCUCUUUGUAUUUAAAGGCUCUAGCCACGAAAAAACCACCAAGCUUUAG